AUGUCUCUGAGCGCUGAAACCCUUUCCAAUCUUCAAGGCUCAGUCAACAAGGCCUGCGUUGAUGCCAAACACGAUCUUCCAGGUGUUGCAGUGGUAGUUGUUGGCAAGGAUGGAAACGAGUUGUUUGCUCACUCAGCUGGGAAACGGGGCUUGGUGUCGGACGAGCCAAUGACCCUCGACACAAUCUUUUGGAUCGCAUCAUGCACCAAGAUGCUCACUGGCUUUGCUUGCAUGCAGCUUGUAGAGCAAGGUGUCUUGAAACUUGAUGAUGGCGAUCACCUUGAGGAUAUACUCUACGAGCUCAAAUCCGUCAAGGUCUUGCGUGAGGACGGCUCUUUCGAGGACAAGAAGAACAAAAUCACGCUCCGAAUGCUUUUGACCCAUACCUCUGGCUUUGGAUAUACCUUUUCUCACGAACGUCUGAGAAACUGGUCGUUUCCAGUCGGCAUAGAUGAGUUCUCCGGACGGAGCGAGGAUGUGCUUUGCACUCCGUUAUUAUUCCAACCAGGAGAAGCAUGGGAAUACGGUACCGGCAUCGAUUGGGCUGGACUGGCUGUCGAACGAACGAGCGGCCUCAAUCUUGAUGCAUACAUGCAGAAGCACAUCUUACAGCCUUUGGGCAUCAAAGAUAUGUCCAUGUUCCCUACCAAGGAUAUGCGAAACCGGCUUGCCUAUAUGCACAGUCGAAGCCCAGAUGGUACUAUAAGACCGCGGGACCAUCUCCAUCGACUGCCGCUGGUAAUUGACCCGGACAAGGAGGCUGAGGCUCGUCGGGUGUUCAACAGCGGCGGCGCGGGCAUGUUUGCAAAGCCCCAAGAAUACUGCAAGGUACUAUCUGUGCUGUUGAACGAUGGCACUUGUCCGCGGACGGGAACUCAACUGCUACGCAAAGAGACAGUGGAAGAGAUGUUCCGCAACCAGGUCCCCCAGUUUCCGAACCUUGGUCGUCAAAUAUUCUUCGAUGCCAAACCAGACCUGACCAACAUUAUCUACGACUUCUAUCAUGUGCCUGGUAACCCACCACAGGGCUGGGGCUUGACCUUCAUGAAGUCUAAUGGCGGCAGCACCGGCAGAUCCAAAGGAGUGGCUCACUGGGCCGGACUGGCAAACUGUUGGUGGUGGUGCGACCGUGAAAAGGGCGUGGCUGGGAUAUUGUGCACCCAGAUACUCCCAUUCGCUGAUGGCAAAGUUUUGGGAUUGUGGGCUGACGUAGAGACGCAAGUGUACGCAGCUCUGAAGUGA